AUGGUUGGAUUGCCUGCUCGCGGCAAGACUUACAUUGCACAGAAAGUGUGUCGUUACCUACAAUGGCUCAGCGUCACAACAAAGGUGUUCAACGUUGGUAAUUACAGACGUAAAUUGCAUGGUGCCCACCAGGCGCAUACUUUCUUUGAUCCUGCCAACAAACAAGCGGAAAGCAAACGUCGUGAAUGUGCCGCAGAGGCAUUAAAAGAUAUGAUUCGAUGGUUCGAAGAAGAAUCGGGUACAGUUGCUAUCUUUGAUGCCACCAAUUCUACUCGUGAACGUCGAAGCUUUAUCUUAGAACAAUGUGCCGAACACGACAUUCAGGUCAUGUUUAUUGAAUCGGUGUGUCAGGACGAAGCUUUAAUAUUACAAAAUAUCAUGGAAGUCAAAUUAUCCUCACCUGAUUAUAAGGAUAUGGAUCCGGAAAAAGCAGCCGAGGAUUUCCGUGCCAGGAUCUCGCAUUACGAACAUCAGUACGAACCAAUUACCGAGAAAGACGUCACCUAUAUAAAGUUAAUCAACGUUGGUAGUCAAGUUCAUGGUGAGAGUAUGUUUAAUCUAAUGGGUAAGAUUGGCGGUGAUUCAGAUUUGUCGCCACGAGGUCGACAAUAUGCUCAAGUUUUGCCGAAAGUGAUCCAAGACCAUCUAGGGGAUCAGAAAUUAACAGUCUGGACUUCGACAAUGAAACGUACAAUACAAACAGCCGAAAAUCUGCCCUAUCCGAAAUUGCAAUGGAAGGCGCUAGAUGAGUUAGAUGCAGGUGUCUGUGAUGGGAUGACAUAUGAACAGAUUGAGGCGGAAUAUCCGGAAGACUACGCCAAUCGAGAUGACGAUAAAUUUAAUUAUCGAUAUCGAGGUGGUGAGUCUUAUCGCGAUGUAGUAUUCCGUCUGGAACCAGUAAUAAUGGAACUAGAACGACAGCAAAACAUCCUAAUAGUUGGACAUCAGGCGAUUCUUCGUUGCAUUUACGGAUAUUUUCUUAAUCUACCACAAGAUGAUCUGCCUUAUAUCAAAAUACCACUUCACACGGUCAUUCAAUUAACACCAAAAGCUUACGGAUGCGAGGAAGUUCGAUAUAAAGUUGAAGUCGAUGCGGUCGACACUCACAGACCAAAGCCGCUCAAACCAAAGCAAGUUCCCAAUUCAAAUCCUACAAUGCCAAAUACCACGACAACGUCGGUGCUCAGCAAUGCAUUUGCUUCUUUAAAUGCACCGAUUCUAAAGAGGAAAAAGUUGGAUGUGUAA